AUGCAUUACAUAAUUAAUUUUAUUAUAUCGAAAAACAAUAUUGAAGAUUUAAAAUAAAAUCUCUAUUUUUAGAUUAUUACUUUUUGUAAUCAAAUAUAUGAUAUUUGGUUAAUUAAUAUUAUUUUGGAGAUAUUGCUAAAAAGAGCAGAUGCAUUAUCAAUUUUAACUUUACUAAUUUAUUUAAUAUUUUUGCUUUAUCGCUUAGUUAUUACAAAAGUGUAGUUAUUUUUAUAAUAGAAUACAUUCAAUCUAUCUAAUCAAUCAUUUCUAAUUUAUAUAUCCUAAACAUUAAAUCUUGUAUAAAUUGGAAUCUUUUGUUUUAAUACUCAAGUAGAUGGAAUCAUGACAUUUUAUUUGGGUAUUAUAGGCCUAUUGAUUAAUAUAGCUAUCUUUACAAAUGCAAUUAUUUACUUUCCUUAUUUGAAUAAGAAUAUUUUCUUUAUUGUUUUUGCUAUUCAUUUUAAUUCAAUAAUAUAUAAUCUUUUUUUUUUAAUAUCUUUAGAAAGUGAAUUAAGUAUGGGAUAAAUAGAAUUACUCUUUAUUUUUUAGUUGCCUAUGAAUUUUAAAAUAGCAACAUAUUAUUACUAUAAAAAAUAAUUAUUGACUAUUGCAUAAUAAUCUAAUCCUUCUUAAAUUGUUAAUUUGAUUUUAGAAUUAAAAUCUAAAUUCUAAUAUUCAAAAUAGCGUAUUUUGAUUGAAUCAAUAGUGAGCAAGGGAAUUAAAAAAGUUGAUGUUGAACCAUAGAGACUAACAGUACUAAAUUAAGAGGAUAUUUAUGACUUUUAUAUUAGGUUGAGCUUAAAACACUAAGAGGUAAAUCGUUCAAAUUUGUGUUUAGUUGGUUCAAGAUGAUUUCAUAUCUCAUUUAUCCCUCCUUUUGAAAUUAGAAUUCUACUUUUAGGCUUUCUUAUACAUAUCAAAAUGGGAAAACAAGAAAGGACAAACAAUAUUGAAUAAAAUUAAAUUUUUGAUAUGUGCUAGAAAGUGUAGACAAAAAUUGAAUUAUCAUAUGAUGUAAAAGAAUAAUUUUGAUACUGAUAAAGAUUUUGAAUUAAAUAUAAAAAAGUUUAUGGAUAUAGAAUCUAAAAAUUUAGAAUUAUGUAAAAGAAUUGUUAUUUUAUGUUAAAAGAAGAUUGAAUAUUUUAAAGAUUUUGAUUAUGAUUAAAUAGAUAAAUUAUAUUCAAAAUCUAAUACUUUAGUAUUGGAAUUAGAUAAAUUAAAGGAUUUUGUUUAAAAUCUAUAUAGAUAAUAUCCAAGUAAUAGAAUGUAAAAUAUUUUGGCUUUUAUUUAUGCUGAAUUACUUAAUGAUUAUUUAUCAGCAAUGAAAGUAUUUUGUUAAGCAGCAUUAUAAGAAGAUAAAAUUUAUAAAAAUGUUUCAAAUCUUAAAAUUGAUCUUUAUUCAACUAAAACUACAUAUUUAAUGGUAAAUUUAGAUAAUAUGUAAAUAAUUAGAAAUUCAAGUAAUGCUUAUGAUUUCUUUUAAGUAGAUUAAUUAAUAUUAGAUGAUUUAAUACCUAAUGGAAUAAAAGAUUAUCAUCCUAGUAUGAUAAAAACAUUUAUUAAAACUGGAAAAUCUAAAUUUUUUAGAAAUGUUUAAGAAGGUUUAAUUGCUAAAAAAGGAUUUUGUGAAGGAGUUAAUAUAGUAACUGAAAUUUUAUUUGAGAAAAAUUAACUUAAUGCAUUAAUCUUAUUAUCUAUUUAAGAUGAAAAUUAAAUAAUAAUGGUUGUAGAUAAUUAACAUAAGAUUGUAGGAUUAAGUGAAGAAUUUUUUGAAAUAGUUGGAGGAAGUUCAGAUUAAAUUGAAUUAAUUUAUGGUAUUCCAGUUGAUUAUGUUAUUCCUAAAUUUAAAUUUUAUGUUGAAGAUAAUUAAGUUUAGUAAAUAUAACUUAGAUUUUUAACAAAACCAAAAUUAUUUGAUUUUGUUACACUCUUAAUUCAUUAUAAAUAAAAAAGAAAUAUAACAGAUCUUAUGGAUGGUUGUUGGUUAGAUCAAUAUAAUUAUGAUACUUAUUCUACUCAUUGUUGUAUUUAAAAUAAUGAUGAUAAAUAUUAUAUAGUUAGAUUUAAUUAUUUAAAAAAUGCUACCAGAAGAGGUAGUUAAAGUGCUUCUAGAACAUUAACAUAAAAAUCAUAUUUUUAAUAAAAUGGUAAUAAUCUAAGUGAAAUUGAAAUGGAUGAACAAAUUGAAAUGUUAAUUCCAUAUGAAGAAUCUGAACCUAAAUAUAUUAAUGAUAUAGUUAUUCUAUAAAAUCCAGAUUUAUUAUUAUCUAAUAGAGAAUCACAUAAUAAUGAUGGAAUUGGAUUUUUAGUAGAUGAUUAAUUUCAUGCCAAAAAUGAAUCACAAAGUAAAACAUAUUAACCUUUAUAAUCUCUAUAAUAAUAACAAAAAUAUUUCAUUGAAAAAUCUAAAAUUAAUUAAUAAUAUUCAAAAAGUAAUGAUGAUGAUUCAUAAGAUGUUUAAAUGGAAGGAUAAUCAUCAUAAGUUAGUUAAUUAAGUGGUUAAAAAAAGGCAUUUUAUUAUAAAAAAUAUAUUCUUAUGGAAAAAAUGUUAUAAUCUUCAAAUACAAAUCAAAUUUAAAAAAUACUUAUAUUUUUUGUGAUGUUAUAAUUAAUAGUCUUUAUAGUUUAAAUUGUUGUUUCUUUAACUUAAAGUUCAUCAACUUUAAAUUAAUAUUUAACUAAUAUAGAUCUUCUUUAAAUCAAAUAUUAUUUAUUUUAACCUGUUGAAUCAUUUAUUGUUACAAGAUAUACAAUUAUCAAUUAUAAUGCAUAAUUCACAGCAAAAUCAAUAACAAAGAGUGAAUUAGAUAAAUAUUUAGUUUUUCCUAAUUCAAAUUUAAAUUUAGGAUUUGAUGAUGUUUAAUAAAAUUAAGCUGCAAUCUUAAAUAGAUUGACUCUAUAAGAUUUCUUAGCUUAAUAUUAUGACUUCUAUAUUUAUAUUAAAACUGAUAUAGGUGAAUUGUAUAAUAUUACAAUGAGAUAAUCAUUAAGUAUUUUAAUCAAUUAUUAAUAUACUUUCAAAGCAGCCUAUAAAUAUGAUGGUAGAACUGUUUCAGAUUCACCUUAUAUAUUUUAUUCUUACAGAAAUCUAUUAACUUUGUAUAAUGCAUUUGAUUUAUUAAAUUCAGAAUUAUAUAUAUAAAGUAAUUUAAGAAUUGAAUUAGAUUUAGAUAAAGAAUUAACAUUAUUUUAUCCUUUUGUUAUUUUAAUAUUAAUUAUUAUUAGUUUUGAAAUCUUUUGGUUUUUGAAGAAUUAAGGUAGAAUUGCUUCAUUGUUAGGCUUUAUGACUUUUAAUGAAGCUUAUACUAUUUAGUAAGAUGUUGAUAGAUUCAAUCAUUAUGUUGAAAGUAUAUCUAAAAGUAGUGAUACUUUAUUUAAAUACUAAUUCUAAAUUGAUAAAAAGGAGAAUUAAUUAAAAUUAUAAUAAAAAUAAUUAUAAAUUGAAACUUCAAUAAAAAGAUUAUAAUAUUAGAAAAGAUUACUUUCUAAUAAAUCUGGAUACUGUUUGAUACUAAUAUAAUUUAUCAUACUAAUCUCCUUUUCGAUUGCUAAAUAUUAUGUUAAUCUAAACUAUUUUACUCAAUUUAAACCAACAGCAUAUUUUUAUUAAUAAAUUACAGACCUUGGAACUAAUAUACCUACAAUAUAUGCUAUGAGAGAAGUGCUUUAUUACAGAUGGAGAUAUCCAUUUUAUAAUGAUGAUGAUUUGGAAUAAAUUUUAGAUCAAAUUAUAGAUUGUUUAGCUUAAGUAUAAAAUGUUACUGCAUAUAUAUAAAACCUAUAAAUGUAUAUAUAUUUAUAUAUAUAUUAGAAAUUAAUAUUUAUUAAGUUCAGAUUUUAGUGAUUAUAUUUAAAGUAUGUCUUCAACAAAUAUCUGUAACUUUUUAGAUGAUAGCAUGAAAGAGAAAUCAAUGACUUUAUGUUAGAUAACUUUAGGUGGAAGUUUUUUAAACGGUCUAACUGGGUCUUUAAUUUAUAUUUAUACAAAUAUCUAAAAUGAAAUGUAGAUUAAUUAAUUUUUAAAUAAAACUGAAAAUACUAGAAAUGAAUUAGAAGGAGUUUUUAUUAUUAGUCAAGUUAUAAAAUAAAUAAAUACUUAUAUGAAGGCUGAUUUAACAAAUUAAACCAAUAAUAUCUUAUCAAGCAUUAUAGUAACAAACAUAUUAUAAUUUUUAGUACUUGUGUGUUUUCGCAUUGGUCUUUGUUGUAAUAUCAAUCAUUUUUCUAUUUUAUAUCAUAAACCCCUUUCUUAAACGACAAUAUUAUAUUGCUAAGAGAUAUCUCUAUUUAAUACCUUAAUAGACUUUGUUUCUUGAUGAUGCUUUUGAAAGACUAGCCAGAUCAGUAAUGUAAGAUUAAUAAAUAAUGGCAUGA